AUGGUUUCUUUUUUGGUGCAAGUCGCGACGCUUGCUUCGUUAGCUACUCCAUCUCUCGCAGAUGACGCUCCUGUGAAUGAUUUGAAGGCAUACAACAAGGGCUUCCUCGGUCAAUUUCCCUCACAGGACUUCAGGUCCUCGGAGGUGGUGGCCCCUGUCUUCCAAAUCAGUACCUUCAACCCCAAUCUUGUUGAUGAUUCAGGUUUUCUCUUCUUGACAAUGGAGCAUGGCGACAAAUCGGGGCCUGCUAUCUUUUCCAGCAAAGAUCUCAGCCUUGUAUAUGCGGAUAUCUCAUACGCCAAAACAUUUGAUGCUCGCACUCAAGUGAAGAGCGGAGGCAAGUAUCUCACUUUCGUUGAGGGCGGUCGCUGUCAUGCGUUUGAUGCCAACUACCAGAAGAAAUGGACAGUCAAGAUUGAGGACCUAGGGACUACACAAGGCAGUAUCCAUGAGUUCGAGUUCACAACUCAGGGGGGCACAGCUCUGAUGACCGCUGUCCAAGAUGUCAGAUACAACUUGACCGCUCUUGGGGGCGAAAUGGAUGGUUGGCUAAGCGAUUCCAUCUUUCAAGAAGUCGAACUCGAAACCAACAGGGUCACCAACGUGUGGAGAUCCUUCACACAUGUCAACCUGACCGACACCAUGGUCAAAUACAGUCCCAAAAAGACUUUCAUGCAUGGUGAUGGCUUCGACUGGUUUCACAUAGACAGCGUGUCGAAGACCUCGAAAGGUCAUUACCUGGUUUCAUCAAGGAGUCUUUCGGCGAUCAUCCUCCUCCAAGCUGAUAGCCUGAACCCACAAUGGGUCCUCGGAGGAAAGCGCAACCAAUUCAAGGACCUCAGUGGCGGCAAUGCAACCAACUUCGCAAAUCAAUAUGACGCAAAGUUUGUCCAGGGCAAUGAGAGUCAAAUCAGUUUCUUCGACAAUCGAGUCACCACAAGCGGAUCAUGUAGCGGAGAAAAUUGUUCUCGUGGUGUUGUUGUGGAACUUGACUAUGAGGAAAUGACAGUUAGGCUUUUACAUGAGUUUUAUCAUCCUCAGAAGAUCUCCUCAGGCUCAGGGGGGAGCGUCCAGGGCCUUGACAAUGGCAACUUCCUUAUCGGCUGGGGAGCGAACCCAGGGAUUACAGAGCAUGCAUCCAAUGGUACAGUUGUCAUGGAUAUUCAGCGAGGAGUCAUCCCACAUGCAACUGAUGGCGAUCCCGAUCUUGAUAUGUCUGUGUAUCGCGCGUGGAAGAUGGAAUGGAUUGGCCGACCUCCAUGGGGUCCUUCCAUCGCUGCCGCGGUUCCAGGAAAUGAGGCGACAAACGCUACCAUCUAUGUGUCCUGGAACGGCGAUACCCAAGUCGACCGAUGGGAAGUAUACGUUGGUGAAGAUGACAAGAACGCCACUUCUUCUCCCAGACUCCUCACAAAUUCAUCUCGAUUUGGCUUUGAAACAGAAAUCCUUCUGGGGACAUUACCACUUCCUAGAUCCGCACGGGCUAUCGGUGUAAGUAAAAGUGGUAAAAUUCUCGGCUCAACAGCCACAGUUAAUCUUGCGAGUGGUGAACUUCACGGCAAUAGCAGCAGUACCUGGAUUGUAAGCGCGAACACUCCCGAUGGAGAACCUAGGGAUGAUCCUCAUGGUGAAGGGAACCAAGGAGACAAAGAGGACUUUGCGUUUCAUACGAGUCCACCAGUUAGCUCAGUGUUUGCCCUUCUACUCGCUAUUGCUUUCAAUCAUUGUUUGUAG